UACCUCACCCUCUGGGUUCCGCUGCCAGGUCAGGUGCUUGCACUGGGGGGACUACGAGAUGCCUCGGGGAGCCUUAUGCUGCCUGGUGACAGCUUUGAGGAGCCUCUGAGCAGGAAGACGGUCCGGCUGCAGGGAGCUUCUCGGCGAGAGGGCCAGACGGUGCCCCACACGGGAGGAUCACAGGCCCUGCUGGACGCCAACGUGCUGGUGGCCCAGAGGCGAGUGGUUGCCGUGCUCCAGAGCUACCGGGAGAGGCCGGGGUCGAGGACACAGGGGCUUCUGGAGGCUGCCAUCAAGGACAUGAGACAGGCACUGGGCUUGAGUCUGCACCAUGCCCUGCAGCAGGCUCGGAGACUGGAGCGGCAGCUGGGGACGGCAGAGGCCAUCGUGGCCAGUGGUGGGAAGAUAGGAAUGAUGUGCUAUCCUGGGACGGAGCUGUGGGUUCCAGUCUUGUACGGGAUGGAGAUCCCAGACCCUGAGGGCUCAGGGCUCAUGGUGCCCAUCCUGGGCAUGGAGACUGAUGGGAAUUCAGGUGACGCCACAGCCCUGGCAGGUUCAAUGGAAGAUGCUGAUGGCAAAGGUCUUGUCCCAAUCUCGAUUGGGGCUCAAGCCAUAGACCCCUUGACCGGGGAACCUGGUCCUGUCAUUGGUGCUCAGACAGACCCCUCUGCCGGAGUGGUGGUGCCCAUCGUCCAAGUGCUGGAGGCCCUGCCUCGGGGAGUGAGAGACCCUGGUCUGCUGGACACCCUGGAGAAGGAGCUGAGAGCCCGGGAGCAGUACUGGCACGGCCAGGAGCAAGAAGAGAUGUGUCUAGCAGAACGCCUGGGGCAGCUGAGCCACGAGCUGCUCUCCAUUCCCAGCAAAGAUGCUCGGCAGCGGCUGAGGGCUGCUGAGGAGGCCCGGGCCGCGCUGGAGUCCUGCCACCUGCAGGAGACCGAGAGGAGAGCCAGAGCCCUGAGCACACAGAGCAGCCCAGAGCGGGGCCUGCUCUCUCAAGCAGACAGAGAGGAGUGGGAGCAGGAGGUGCAGAUGAUGCUAGGCAUGCAGGAAGUCCUGCAGAGUUUAGGACAGACAGCAGAAAAGCUCAGGCAGGCAGUGGGCCGGCUGCGGGGCCAGGAGCAGGAGAUGUGGCUGCAGCAGCCUAGGAGUCCGAGCCCCCAGAUCUGGAACCGUCGCAGGAAGGUGGUUGAGCAUCUCUCUGAUGAGUUUCAGGAGGUGGUAAGGGAGAGACUGAACUUUCUGGAUAGGGCCCUCGGUCACCUGCAGUACCAGCGGGAGCUGAGCCGCCUCCACCUCUUGCACACCCAGAUUGUUGCCUCAGGCUCCCCUGCAUGUUUGGAGAAUUACCCUGGAGAAAGAUUCUAUGGAAUGAUCCCCACUUCUCUCAGGGCCCGGGCUGCUGCCUGCCCUCUCUUGAUCCCCUUCCUGAAGAGCCUCACUGCAGCGCUAGUGGGAGCUCAAGGCCAUGGCCCAGGCCGGGAGGACCAGGGGCCAGGAACAGAUGCAGAUAAAGCUGACAUCAUGUGGACCUCACCACUCCUUUCUACCCUGAAGAAAGUAGGCAUCUGGUCCCAAGCCCGCAAGGAAGAAGCUGAACUACAAAGACAGGUGCAUCACCCGCUAGCCCCCAAAAGCUCUUUGCAGGAUGUCCCAAAACCUCAGUUAAUGCAGAAGGAAGAGCUUAUCACUGUGCAACCCACAGACCUUUCUGCCAGGGAGUUUGUGGUUUACCAGUAUGGCCUCUCCGUCCUGAACCUCCUCAUCCCCGAGAUGCACGCUCCUAAAAUCACCCUGCAGAUUGCUUCUCAUCUUCCUGCAAUGGAUGCCUCAGACAAUGCCUUCCAAGGCUCCUUCUUCUAUCAGAGCACUGAAAACGCACUGUUUGUUGGGAGAGAUUCUUUGGCGUCUGCGGGAAGUUUCAUUCUGCUGCUGAUCCACUGCCUGGCCCACAUCGCCGCUGAGGACUUCCGCCAGGAUGCAAACCCUGCCUUUCUGAGGUCAUUUUACAAGGGCCUUCGGGCUUAUUUCGGGAAAGCAUUCUUGACCACACUGCGGAUGUCCGUGAUCUCCUGGGACAGUAAGCUUGACCAGAGCAUAAGCGCGGCUCUGCGGGACGAGCAGCCCAUCUCUGAAAGAGAAAGAGAUCUUCUCUCUUUACUCCUUGAAAGGAAGUGUGAGUCUUGCUUGGAGCCCGAGUCAUCGGAAGAGUAUAUUAAGAGAAACACGGAUCUUCUCCUCUUCACCAAUAUGGAACAUUUUCUAAAAUCCCUCCUCACCGCAGAACAACAGAUCCCAAGAAAAGCAAGAGAUCAGCAUGGGGACGAAGAGAAGAGAUGUGACCUUACAUGUCAAGAUCAAGAUCAGCAGCUAGCACCCCGGAGAAAUAACUGAACACUGACUUCAGCCCUGGGCCCCCGUCCACUUUAUGAAAAGUUACCACCCAUGUCUGGGGUGAAAACUACCUUUAAAACUUUAUUAAAAUAUAACACAGCUUUUAAAAGUGCACAUAUCAUAAAUGCACUCCUCACAAAUCGUCCAAAGUGAACAUUUCCAUGUAAACAACAUCAAGAAAGACAACAUCACCAGCCUCCCAGAAGUCUCCCAUGUCCCCUCCAUCUGGUCAUUGGCCCCCCGAGAAUAACCACUAUCCUGACUUCAUACAUCAUCAACUGUUUUUGUUUAUUCAUGAACUUCACAUAAACAGAAUCAUAAAUUAUGAAUUACUUUAUCAUUCCUUUUGUUCAGCAUCAUGUUGUGAGGUGUAUCCAUAUUGUUGCAUGUUGUUGUAGUUUGCUGAUUGUCUUUGCUAUAAAACAUUCCAUUGUGGGGAUAUAUCAACAUUUAUUCUUUCCACUACUAAUAUUAGUGCCUGUGGGUAUUUUCCAGUUUGGGGUUAUUACAAAUAGUCUUGUGCACCUUUUAGUGACUAUAUGUAACUGUACCAAAUAGAUAUUACUUAGAACUGGAAAUUCUGGGUCUCAAGGGGUGAUAGUUCUCUCCUUAGCAGAUACUAUCAACAGGACUUCCAAAGUGAUUGUAUGAAUAUCGACUGCCACCAGAAGGGAGUAAGGGUUCUGGUCACCUCCAUUUUUAUCAACACUUAGAAUGUUCCAUCUUUUUUAUUUUAUGCAUUCUUCUGGGUACAUGGUUUUAACUUGCACUUUCCUGAUGGCCUCUGAAACUGGGCACCGUCCAUGUGUUUAUACACCAUUUGAGUGUCUUCUCUUGAGAAGUGCCAGUCGAGUAUUUGCCGAUUUUUCAUUGGAUUCCCAAUUUAAUUGAUUUGUAGGAAUUCUUUAUUCUGCAACUAUUUUUCCUCAUUCUGUAGAUUGUCUUUUUAUGAAAAUAACUACAUAUAAUGUUUCUUUUUCUGCUUCAUUUUUUGAUCUAGAAAGAAAAUGGUGAUCUUAUUUCAGUCUGCAAUUUAAAAGAUGUUAAAUAUGGAAAUAUGAUAUCUAAUAAGGUUAAUAAGAGAAUUUUUUAAA